AUGUUCAGACUGGGUACACCCUCGCCAGAACUCAGCCGGGUACCCAGUCACGCCAGCUCCUCCCGCGACUCCAUUACGCACGCCGACCGCGUCCCACUUCUGCAGGACGACGCGCGGGCCGACUGGUCGUUGGCAGCGAGGGAAGGCAGUGAGGACGACGACCCACAGACAACCAAAGUGGGCAAGUGGGCCAUCACCUGUCUCCUCUUGCAACAUGUAUCGAGUACGUUCGGUGACGGGUCCUACAACUUUGCCGCCUUCCUCUUCCUCAUCGAGGUGUACCGCGACACUCUGGUCCCCGCAUCACUGGUCGGUUUCUGCACGACGUGUGCGGGAUUGAUCUUGUCGAGCUAUAUCGGCGGACUGGUGGACCGAAUGCCCAGGCUCGAGUUUGUGCGCGGUGCCGUUGGUGCUCAGAAGACACUCCAAGCUCUCAAUUAUGGCCUCUUCCUCUUCCUUUUCGGUCCCCUGCGCGAGGCCGCGAGUGACGCUUUCCAUGGUCGCGCGGAUGCCACCACGGUGGUCGCCGUGUGGACCAUUCUCCUGUUGACGAUUGUGUGCUCGAGCUGUCUUGGCCUCGCGAACACAGGCCUCACCGUGGCCGUUGAGCGUGACUGGGUGGCGACGAUCGCGGCCGGCGACUCGGCCCUCCUCACGCGCCUCAACACGUCUAUUCGGCGUAUCGACUUGACCGCCAAGUUAUGUGCUCCCCUCGUCGUAUCCUUCUUUACCACCGUUUGGGGUUACACUACUGCCACCGCCAUUCUCCUCUCGCUGUCCCUCUUGACAUUAGCGUCAGAGUAUCUCUGGGUCGGAGUCGUAUACUCGCACUUCCGGUCGCUGGCCGUGCAGACCACGGCGCAAGCAGAUACCCAAGAUCAGCAGCGCCGCAACGAGACGUGGGGCGAUUGGCUCAGCCAUGAACGUGACGACUGGGCAGAGUUUGUUCGUCUGCCGAUCUUUGGCUCGUCAGUCGCCAUUGCCACCAUCUACCUCACCACGCUCUCGUACGACGGCACCUUCAUCGCCUAUGUCAAGGCCGCUCGCGGGUGGGACGAUGGGUUUGUCGCGGUCAUGAGAGGUGUGUGCGUCCUCACGGGCCUCCUCGGCACAGCAGUCAUGCCCCUCCUCGAAUCACAUAUGGGUCUUGAACGUGCUGGAGCCUGGUCCAUCUGGUUCGAAGCCGCCUGUCUCCUCCCUUCGUUGGUAUCCUUCUUCUACGGAACAGGCCAGUAUGGCGAGCAUGGCCCCGCGUGGAACAGCACGCUGCUCUUUGGCGGCAUCGCCCUCAGCCGUAUUGGACUGUGGAGCUUCGACCUGUGCCAGCUCAAAGUCCUCCAGCUGGCCACUGAACACCAUCCGAGGAGGAACAGGCUCGCGGCGCUCCAGAUUGCCCUCCAGAACCUGUUCAAUUUGGCAAAGUAUGUGGUUACUUUGGCGGCUGCCACCCCGGCACACUUCAAGUGGACGGCGCUCGUCAGUUAUGCCGCUGUCGUUGGUGGUGCGGUCGCGUAUGCGUACUACCUGCGCGCUUGGUUAGACUGUGUUCGCAUGUCUCAAGAGCCGGUUCCACACCACGUCUACAGUGCAGCAGCGAACGAACGAUUCGGUAGGUAUUUUGUGCAUACAGCGGCUGCUCGAUCGCAGGCGGAUAUCUGA